ACCAGAUACCACUACCAUCCCUAAAACACCCUCAAGUAAUGGCACAUCCUUCAAAUAGCACUCCCUCCAUUGAUAGUGCUCCACCUACUAUUUCUAAAACUUUACCUUCUGUCAUUUCUGAUGCAGGUGUCCAGUUACAGAGCAAUCGUUCUGCUGGACAUCGUGUGCAAUGGUCAGACCCAUUAGUAUAUACCAGAGGCAUCCCUGCAAGACAACCUCAAGGACCUCAUCCUGCAUCACCUACUGUCACUCCAUCUGUUACCUUCAAUCAUUCUGCCCAGCAUGGCACUAGAACCAUUGCAGGUGCGAUGGAGGGUCUAAAUUUGGCACCUGCUGCCUCUAGCACCCCAUCUACUCACGUGCCACCACGCCAAACUUUCCAACCAUUACGCUCUCAGCUCACUAGCACAUCCCAAGCUGCUCAUCAAGGUUCCUCCUUUAUCACUGCACCCAGGAAUCCAAACUUGCGCUUCAUUUUUUCACGUCGAUUACUAUUAGCUCAAUCUACUAGGGAACCUCUCAAUCCUGUUGAUUCUAUUGUCAUUGAUGAUAGACCUGCUACCUCAGAACCCCAGAGCCUAACACCAGUGCUCAACCAACCAAAUGGCACUGUGGAGUCUACUACUACUUAUGUCAAUGGCACUCCCCCACCCACUCCCGCUAUCACGGAAGAUGCCAUUGACCUCACCCUUGGCAGUGACGAGGAGAACAAUUCGUUGCAAAAGCAACCUAAGAAUCAAAAGAGCACACAGAAGCAAAGGAAUACUCAGAUCCUAUCAACGUCGAUCAAAGUCAACACAGCCAAGCGCCGCCUCGACUCAGAAUCCAGCGAAACCUCCGAAGGCGGUCCUCAAAAGCGCCUAAAGCGAAAAGGAGCGCUACAAACUCGUCUCGACUCAGAUUCAGCGACGAGUGAUAUCGAUCAUGUUUCGCCCGGGCCACGCUCGUCAAUCGAACCGUCGUCAUCAUCAGGCAGAUUUUCGUCCAGCAGUGUGGAAGUUGUCGACGAUGUCGUUCUGGAUGGUCCGCGAUCCAUAGCGGAUGCGCAUAACAACCAUGCAGAGCCUUCCAUCUCCCUUAAUGAUACUCAAGCACCAAGUCAUUCGGCUCGGGGGAGUGGGGUUUCAGUUGUAAUGCGCAGCUACAGAAGGCCGGCUCCGGGUGGGAGUGCCGUAGCGUCGAGCAGCAGGAUCAGGGUGGAGGACAUGGAGGUGUCGGACGACGAGGUCGAAACCGGUGAUCCUCAGCGAGCACUGGUCUAUGCGAGUGUGAUCUCCCGAAAAUUGCGUAUGUGGGCAGGAAAGUUAAAGGGAAUCUCCCGUGCGCAUAUAGAUGCUCUAUUCGAAGAUAACGUAGUGCGUGUUUCUCUGUUGCAGUCGUGGUGAUGAAGGCUAACUUACACACUUUUCGGAAACAGGAGAUUAUGUCCAAAGGCGAGAUUCUGAAGUUGUUGAAAGACAUCGACCAGGACAAGGACUGGGCUACUCGUGCGGAAGUACAGGAGACUCGUCUUGAAAGGUACCUAAUUGCUGUGGUGAC